AUGUUGUGCAGAAUAUGGAAACCAUGGGGCUCAACAACUGCUCCGCCCGGUCCUGUUUCGGUACCUUCAAUCGACCUCCAGCUGUCUGUGGUUGACCAACAGGGUGCUCCGGUGUCUCGAAUCGGUGAGGCUACUCCGGUCAGGCUCAACGCUCGGCUCGUCGACACAACGGGUAGGAAGUUUCAAAAUGUCCCUUCCGUCAUUUGUCCAGACUGGUAG